AUGAGUGCAAACCAUACUAAUAGUAAAAAGAUAUUUUCUUGUAGUACAUGUGAUAAAACUUGCACAAGUAAAAGUUCUUUAAUUGAUCAUAAUGCUACUGAUCAUGAUGAAGUUGAAUUACAUAGUUCCUACAAUACAAAUAAAAAAUCACUCUCUUGUAGCAUGUGUAACAAAACAUUAUCUUCUAUGCAUUCUCUGAAAAGGCAUUGUCUUACCCAUACAAAUGAAAGGUCUUUUGUUUGUACUAUAUGUAAUAAGAGUUAUAAAUAUAAAAGGACUUUAACUGCUCAUUGUGUUACUCACACUAAAAAUAAUAAUCUGCACUCUUGUUGCAUAUGUAAUAAGUCAUUUAGAAAGAAAAAGUGCCUUAGAAUACACUACCUCUUUCAUACUAAUGAAAAACCCUACUCGUGUAGCAUAUGUAACAAGAAAUUCAGGUUAGAAAGUGGUUUAACUCUACAUGAAAUUGUUCAUACAUCUGUAGAACCACAAAAGGGAGUUAUAACUACUAGCAGUGUUCACUGUACAAAUAAUAGUCCUUAUACUUGUGGUGUAUGCUUUAAAAGAUUUACAUUCAAAAAUAAUUUGAAGAGACAUUACCGUGUUCAUACUGAUGAAAAACCUUUUUCUUGUAGUUUAUGUAAUAAGGGCUUUUCUCGAAAGUGUUAUUUAAGUACUCAUUAUUUAAUACAUACGAAGGAGAAGCCUUUUUCUUGUACUGUUUGUAAUAAAAGUUUCACCCGCAAGUGUCAUUUAAUAGAUCAUAAUCGUGUUCAUACUAAAGAAAAACCUUUUUCUUGUGGCUUGUGUGAUAAAAAGUAUACAAAAAGAAGUACUUUGGCUCUACAUACUCUUAAACAUAUUUAA